AUUAGAUGAAAAAUUCCAUAUCAUGAAUGCAGUAUAUUGAAAUGGAGAUGCCCAAGGGCCACUGUCCCAGUCCGUGGCAUGGAAGACACAGAAGCUCCCAAAAGGGAUUCAGGUCUCAGAUUGCAAUGAUCCAACUUUUGAGUGUGAAAGACACACCAAAUAUUCACAUGGUUCUUCUGAGGAAAGCCAACUCUUAUUUUUGAUCUAGCAGAAAUGAGAAGUGCUAAAAACAAAAAUGACCGUAGUUACUUAAAGUGCCAUUUUGAGGUGGCUUUGCAUUUUGAAAAGGACUGAUGAAUUUCAUGGUGAUCGCUUAGGUUUUCUAGCAACUGGUGAUACCUAGAAGUGGCAUAAAGUCUUGUGGCUAGAUCCUAGGUCUAGCUAGUAUAAAGCUAUGAUGAGAUGUUUUCCUUAAAUGGGGUAAAAUUACUUCCUUACAGCAGGAGAUGGAAGUACUAUUUGAAUAAUAGGGAAAAAGUAUGGCAGUGGGUAGAAAAGCUAAACGAACUGGUGGUAUGAAAAUGGUAAGAGAUGAAAACUUUUUUGCUUUUUGCCUCCUUCAUUGUUGGAAUUGAUUACCUUUGGUCCUUCAACUUUAUUUUUUUAAACCAAGCUCUACACCUAACGUGGGACUUGAACUCAUGACCCUCAGAUCAAGAGUCAUACACUCUCCUGACUGACCCAGCCCCGUGUCUCCUAUUCUCAACUUGAAGUAGGGACUCAUUUAUUCCCAUUUUGCAGAUGAUGCAGUAAAUGGACAUAAUGGGGGACUAGAGAGGCUGGCAGGUAGGGGCUGAAAAUGCUCUCCUCAACUACCCUCCAACACACACAUAGUAUAGGCUGUGGAUAAUAGACUAUAUCACUCUUCAGCAGUGUUGCUGCUGUGUGACUAGAUCUAGGCUCUGAAUGGAUUUUGGCAGGGUUUUUGUUUGUUUGUUUGUUUUUUAAAGAUUUUGUUUAUUCAUGAGAGACACACACACAGAGAGAGAGGCAGAGACACAGGCAGAGGGAGAAGCAGGCUCCAGGAAGAGAGCCUGACAUGGGACUCGAUCCCGGGUCUCCAGGAUCACACCCUGGGCUGGAGGUGGUGCUAAACCACUGAGCCACCCGGGCUGCCCAAUUUUGGCAGUUUUUAAACAUCAAAUUGUCUCUGAAUGAGUGGGGAUCCAGCACUAGUGAGGCAAUUGAGAAAGGGUAUGGUUGGGAUUGGAAAGGGUUAGGAUGGUAAUAGUAAUCUCCCUGAAGUGCGCAGGGAGAUUGUAAGCCCUGGCCAGUCCAUUGAGAUGAAUGUCUAGCCUCCCAAGGUGACUACUUUGGAGGUAACUACAUUCAUUUGAAUGAGUAAGCUCUUGUAUGUUUAUUUAUUUAUUUUUAAAAUAUUUUAUUUAUUUAGUCAUGAGAGACACACAGAGAGAGGCAGAGACACAGGCAGAGGGAGGAGAAGCAGGCUCCAUGCAGGGAGCCCAAUUCAGGACUCGAUCCCAGGACUCCAGGAUCACACCCUGAGCCAAAGGCAAAUGCUCAACCACUGAGCCACCCAGGCGUCCCAAACUCUUGUAUGUUUAACAGAUAGUUAAAAUAAUUUUGUAUCCAACAGUCUCAUAAAUGUUUAUGGGCCAGGUUUUUUUUUGGGGGCCAGGUUUUUAAACAUGGAGGUAGCAAGGAGUCUAUGAAGGUGUUCAUGCUAUAGCCUCGUGCGGGCAACUACUUAGUCUUCUCAGUAAAUAGAGGAAUUAAAUGUAUCUGGGAACAAGAUGCAGUGUCUCCUAUAAGACUUAUCCCUUGGGGUAGAACCAGUAGAAAUAUUUGGGUAGAAACCCCCCCCCCAGGGAAACUAGAAAGUGCUACAGUAGAUUAGUCAGGCAGAAGGCUGGGAUGAACAGUGCAGAGGGCCCCUUCCUCCUUUCAGUUGCCCAGCAGAUUAUUUCUAGUUGAUUUUGUGUGUGUGUGUGUGUGUGUGUGUGUGUAUUUGUGUAUGGUGGUGUGUAGUGAUAGAGGAAUCUAUUUGCAUGAAGGGAAGCAAAGUAAAGUGAUUGGGGCAUGUAUAAGGGACUCUUGAGUUUCAGGGAAUGAUAUUUGGUUAAUGGUAGGGAAAGGUAAGGGGAUGUAGAUAUUGGAGGGAAAGCCUGUGGAAGAUAUUAGAAUAUCUUUCUAUGGGAAAUCAUUAAAUUAGGACAAUUUACAUUGGGAGAACUUCCUCAUGAGGGGAUGAGGUUUGGGAUAUAGGAUCAAGCAGGGAAAAUAGGAACACUCGUCUCCUGUUGAGUACACAUGGAAGAAGGCAAAGCAACAGGGAGAGUCAGAUCUGUGGUAGGGGUUCCAUAUCUAAAGGCAGGUUAAAGUUAUCCUUAUUAGGUAUGGGUACACUUUCCUGUUGAAAACACUGAUUUUGAGACAUUUUGACCUCUCUCUAAAGGCACUUCAAUGACUAGAUGGAAGUCCUAGCCUCUUCCCUUCAGCCCCUGGAUCUAAAUGCCAAUGGUCUCUUGGAUCUCCUUGGGGGUGUCUUAGAGGCCACUUUUUCCAGAGUGGGGUAAUGGGCUGGCUUCUCCUUUGAUUUUGUGAGGUUUGAAGGUGGAUGUCUCUGUCUUAUGGGAGCUGUACCCAGAGCUCUGAAUUUCUGCUGGAGCAAUAGGUCCCAAAGUUGGUUUUCUUUACACAUUAGUCAUCACUGACCCAGCCCUCCUUCUUAAACAUCUACUGGCCACGCCUAUUCUCUUGAGAACAGAUUCAGGGCCAGGCUUCAAGAAGAAUAUUUUCCGGCUCUUUCAUUUUUUAAAAUCAUAAUUGCUUCCAGGUCACCAGACAACAUGAACCAAAAGAAGCCUGGAGGAGUACUACCAGAUUUAGUUAACUGAGACCUUAAUCUUGAAUUUCUAAUGUAUUGGCUAGGUGGUAAGAGUCCAGCCAUGAAUAAACAGGCAGGUUUCGUGCUAUGUGUAAGGGGCCUAGUUGUAUUGCAUAUGUUACCAGUGCCCAAUUGUUCUGCACAUAGGGGGUCUUUGGUUACCAAGGAAGCUACUUGAUUCUGGGGAACUCACUGGAGAAACACCCUGUCCGGCCAUGUUCGAGGUUAACGUUUUACCAAGGAGCUUUGCCUUCAGCCUUUCAUGUGAUGGUUCCCAUCGGAAAGAGCAAGAGAGACAUUGAGAAAGCAUACCACAUGUCAGUCGGGCUCUGUGAGCAGAAGCAAGUCGGUACCUAAGUGUGCACACCAGCAGAAUCUACCAAGUGUGGGGGAGCGGCCACAGCAGGUCCUAUCUGGUGGUGAGUGGCUGUCAUGAUCUCGACAGCACCACUCUACAGCGGCGUGCACAACUGGACCAGUUCUGACCGGAUUCGCAUGUGUGGCAUCAACGAGGAGAGAAGAGCACCUCUUUCUGAUGAGGAGUCCACGACAGGUGACUGCCAGCGCUUUGGAUCUCAGGAGUUUUGUGUCAGCAGCAGUUUUUCCAAGGUGGAGCUCACGGCAGUUGGAAGUGGCAGCAAUGCCCGGGGGGCAGACCCAGAUGGCAGUGCAGCAGAAAAACUUGGGCACAAGUCAGAAGACAAGCCUGACGACCCCCAGCCGCAAAUGGACUAUGCUGGGAAUGUGGCGGAGGCUGAAGGCCUGUUGGUGCCGCUGAGCGGCCCAGGGGACGGGCUCAAACUGCCUGCUCCUGACGGCACCGAGGCUGGUGACAGCCGGGCCAAUUGCUCCUGGGCACCCCUCGGCACCCAAAUGAGCAAGCAGGUGGACUGCUCAGCAGCUGGGGUGAAGGCUUUGGACUCUCGGCAUGGCGUAGGGGAGAAGAAUACUUUCAUUCUGGCAACUCUGGGAACUGGAGUCCCCGUGGAGGGAAGCCUGCCUCUGGUUACCACUAACUUCAGUCAGCUGCCCGCCCCCAUCUGCCCCCCUGCUCCCAGUUCGGCUUCAGUGCCCCCAUCUGUUCCAGAUCCGUUCCAGGUUCCCCUUUCUGUCCCCACCCCGGUGCCCCACUCUGGGCUAGUUCCCGUCCAGGUCGCCACUUCGGUUCCGGCCCCUUCCCCUCCCUUAGCACCGGUCCCGGCACUGGCCCCGGCACCACCAUCAGUGCCCACGCUCAUCUCUGACUCGAGCCCCCUUUCAGUUUCAGCCUCCGUCUUGGUGCCCGUGCCAGCUUCGGCUCCCCCGUCAGGUCCCGUUCCCCUGUCGGCUCCAGCUCCAACUCCCCUCUCAGUGCCUGUUUCAGCUCCUCCCUUGGCUCUGAUCCAGGCCUCUGUGCCCCCUUCAGCUCCAACCCUGGUCCUCGCGCCUGUCCCCACUCCGGUUCUGGCUCCCAUGCCGGCAUCCACGCCUCCAGCAGCCCCUGCCCCUCCGUCAGUGCCGAUGCCUGCCCCAACUCCAUCUUCCGGCCCACCCUCUACCCCCACCCUCAUCCCUGCCUUUGCUCCUGCGCCGGUGCCUGCACCCACCCCAGCCCCAAUCUUUACUCCGGCCCCCACGCCCAUGCCAGCGGCCACACCAACUGCCAUUCCCACUUCUGCACCCAUCCCAGCCUCCUUUAGUUUGAGUCGAGUGUGUUUUCCUGCAGCUCAGACACCAGCUAUGCAAAAAGUCCCCCUGUCAUUUCAGCCAGGGACAGUACUGACCCCAAGCCAGCCGCUGGUCUACAUCCCGCCUCCGAGCUGUGGGCAGCCACUCAGUGUGGCCACACUGCCGACCACCUUGGGGGUCUCCUCCACUCUUACACUACCUGUCCUGCCUUCCUACCUUCAGGACAGGUGUCUCCCUGGUGUGCUGGCCUCCCCAGAGCUACGAUCUUACCCAUACGCAUUUUCUGUGGCCCGGCCUCUGACUUCAGAUUCCAAGCUGGUCUCUCUGGAGGUGAACAGGCUUCCCUGCGCAUCCCCAUCCGGCAGUACCAGCACCCAGCCUGCACCCGAUGGGGUCCCGGGGCCUUUGGCAGAUACUUCCCUCUCUACCGCUUCUGCCAAGGUGCUUCCAACCCCACAGCCUUUGCUGCCAGCCCCCAGCGUGAGCUCGGCCCCGCCGCACCCCGCCAAGAUGCCAGGUGGUGGUGAGCAGCAAACAGAAGGGACUUCCGUCACCUUCUCUCCCCUCAAGUCACCUCCACAGCUGGAGCGAGAGAUGGCCUCUCCACCUGAGUGCAGCGAGAUGCCCCUCGACCUCUCCUCCAAGUCCAACCGCCAAAAGCUUCCAUUGCCGAACCAACGCAAGACGCCCCCCAUGCCUGUGUUGACCCCUGUGCACACCAGCAGCAAGGCCCUCCUCUCCACGGUCUUAUCUAGGUCACAGCGCACAACCCAGGCUGCCGGUAGCAAUGUCACCUCGUGCCUGGGUUCCACUUCCUCGCCCUUUGUCAUCUUUCCUGAGAUCGUGAGGAAUGGGGACCCGAGCACCUGGGUGAAGAACUCAACCGCACUGAUCAGCACCAUUCCUGGCACCUAUGUGGGAGUGGCCAACCCAGUGCCUGCAUCCCUGCUGCUGAACAAAGACCCUAACCUGGGCCUCAACCGAGACCCCCGCCAUCUUCCCAAGCAGGAGCCCAUCUCCAUCAUCGAUCAAGGAGAGCCUAAGAGCACCGGUGCCCCCUGUGGCAAGAAGAGCAGCCAGGCUGGGACUGAGGGACAGCCAAGCACAGUUAAACGAUACACCCCAGCCCGCAUUGCCCCUGGGCUGCCGGGGUGCCAAACCAAGGAGCUCUCUCUGUGGAAGCCUACUGGGCCAGCAAAUAUUUACCCCCGGUGUUCAGUUAAUGGGAAACCCACCAGCACCCAGGUCCUGCCUGUUGGCUGGUCACCAUACCACCAGGCGUCUCUGCUUUCCAUUGGCAUUUCCAGUGCCGGGCAACUGACCCCGAGUCAAGGGGUUCCCAUCAGGCCCACCAACGUCGUUUCUGAGUUUUCGGGUGUGCCCCCACUUGGCCCCAGUGAAGCUGUGCAUGGACUUCCCGAGGGGCAGCCACGGCCUGGGGGCACCUUUGCUCCAGAGCAGGACACUGGCAACAAGGGCAAAACCUGCCGGAUUGCUGCAAAGCCUUACGAAGAGCAAGUCAACCCUGUCCUCCUGACCCUCAGCCCUCAGACAGGGACCUUGGCGCUGUCUGUCCAGCCUAGCAGUGGGGACAUAAAAGUGAAUCAGGGGCCCGAGGAGUCAGAGAGCCACCUCUGCCCUGACAGCACUCCUAAGAUAGAAGGUCCCCAGGGGGCUUGUGGCCUGAAGCUGGCAGGAGACACGAAGCCUAAAAACCAAGUGCUGGCCACCUACAUGUCCCAUGAGCUGGUCCUGGCUACCCCCCAGAACCUGCACAAGAUACCUGAGCUGCCUUUGCUACCUCAUGACAACCGCCCCAAGGAACUCAUCUUGGAUGUGGUCCCGAGCAGCAAGAGGGGCUCCAGCACAGAGCUUUCACAGCUUGGAACCCAGGUGGACCUGGGGCGGGUGAAAAUGGAAAAGGUGGAAGGUGAUGUGGUCUUCAAUUUAGCCACCUGCUUCCGGGCCGAUGGCCUCCCAGCAGCUCCCCAGAGGGGCCAAGCUGAAGUUCGGAAUAAGGCUGGGCAGGCUCGAGUGAAACAGGAAAGUGUAGGUAUCUUUGCUUGCAAGAACAAGUGGCAGCCAGACUCAGUGGUGACCGAUGGGGUGACGGAAUCUCUGCCGCCCAAGAAAAUGAAGUAUGGCAAAGAGAAGGAUGGUGAGGAGCAGCCACCACAAGCCAAGGUCAUAGCCCGGAGUUCCCAUGGACCCAAGUGCCGGAAGCCACCUAGUGACCCCCAGGAACCCACCAAGAAAAGCCCCAGGGGGGCUUCAGAUUCAGGAAAAGAGCACAAUGGAGUCAGGGUAAAGCACAAGCACCGGAAGCCAGCAAAGCCAGAUUCCCAGUCUCCAGGAAAACGAGCCGAUGGCCACGAGGAAGGUUCCUUGGAGAAGAAAGCAAAGAGCAGUUUCCGUGACUUCAUCCCCGUGGUUCUGAGCACACGGACGCGCAGUCAGUCUGGAAGCAUCUGUAGCUCCUUUGCUGGUAUGGCAGACAGUGACAUGGGAAGCCAGGAGGUCUUCCCCACAGAGGAGGAAGAAGAUGUGACCCCCACCCCAGCUAAGCGUCGAAAGGUGAGGAAGACCCAACGGGACACCCAGUAUCGCAGCCACCAUGCCCAGGACAAAACUCUGCUGAGCCAGGGCCGCCGGCAUCUAUGGCGAGCCCGAGAAAUGCCCUGGAGGACAGAGGCUGCCCGACAAAUGUGGGACACCAACGAGGAGGAGGAGGAAGAAGAGGAGGAAGGCCUGGUGAAGAGGAAGAAGCGGAGACGACAGAAGAGCCGAAAAUAUCAGACUGGAGAGUACCUGACAGAGCAAGAAGAAGAGCAGCAGCGGAAAGGGAGAGCAGAUUUAAAGGCCCGUAAGCAGAAGACUUCCUCCCAAAGUUCGGAGCACCGACUCAGGAACAGGAACCUUCUCUUGCCCAACAAAGCCCAGGGGAUCUCAGAUUCACCAAAUGGUUUCCUCCCAAAUAACCUGGAGGAGCCAGCCUGCCUUGAAAAUUCAGAAAAGCCAUCGGGAAAACGAAAGUGCAAGACCAAGCACAUGGCAAAUGUCUCAGAAGAGGCAAAGGGCAAAGGUCGUUGGAGCCAGCAGAAGACACGAUCUCCCAAAUCUCCCACCCCAGCAAAACCCACGGAACCAUGCACACCCUCUAAGUCCCGAAGUGCCGGCCCAGAGGAGGCCACUGAGUCACCUACAGCCCGGCAGAUCCCCCCAGAGGCACGUCGGCUCAUAGUGAACAAAAAUGCAGGCGAGACUCUCCUGCAGCGGGCGGCCCGUCUUGGCUAUAAGGACGUCGUGCUCUACUGCCUCCAGAAGGACAGUGAAGACGUGAAUCACCGCGACAACGCUGGCUACACGGCCCUGCAUGAGGCCUGCUCCAGGGGCUGGACUGACAUCCUGAACAUCCUGCUGGAGCACGGGGCCAAUGUGAACUGCAGCGCGCAGGAUGGCACAAGGCCAGUUCAUGAUGCGGUGGUCAAUGACAACCUGGAGACCAUCUGGCUCUUGCUGUCCUAUGGGGCUGAUCCCACACUGGCUACCUACUCGGGACAGACAGCCAUGAAGUUGGCCAGCAGUGACACCAUGAAGCGCUUUCUCAGCGAUCACCUCUCAGAUCUUCAGGGCCGGGCAGAGGGUGACCCUGGCGUGUCCUGGGACUUUUACAGCAGUUCUGUGUUGGAGGAAAAAGAUGGCUUUGCCUGUGACCUCCUGCAUAACCCUCCUGGGAACUCUGAUCAAGAAGGAGAUGAUGUGGAAGAGGAUGAUUUUAUGUUUGAGCUCUCAGACAAGCCUCUUCUCCCUUGCUACAACCUCCAAGUGUCAGUGUCCCGCGGGCCCUGCAACUGGUUCCUUUUUACCGACGUCCUGAAGAGGCUGAAGCUUUCCUCCAGGAUCUUUCAGGCUCGGUUCCCGCACUUUGAAAUUGCCACCUUGCCCAAGGCUGAGUUCUACCGGCAGGUGGCCUCCAGUCAGCUUCUGACCCCAGCCGAGAGGCCCGGAGGCAUGGACGACAGAUCCGCUCCAGGCUCCUCUGAGACUGUGGAGCUGGUGCGGUACGAGCCCGAGCUCCUUCGGCUCCUGGGGUCCGAGGUGGAAUUCCAGCCUUGGAACAGUUGACGGGGACACAGCCCCUCCCUUUUCUUUCUCCUCCCAAGUUCGCCCUUCCCCACCUCCCAUGUUUUUCCCCCCCACCGAGCACCAGACUGCAGAAUGAGGCAAUAAUACGGACCAACAAGAAGCCGCCUUAUCAAUGCCAGCAUUAGUGACUGGAUUUUGUUCUUUCCGGUUAUGAUUAGUUCUCAUCUCCCUGUCAUCGUCUUUGUUGUUGUGGUUGGUGAUGGGGGUGGAAAGUUGAACUUCACGUCUGAGGGCAAGAGGUCCUGGGGAUAUUUGGGAGGUGGCGCCAGGGUCCCUUGGACUGGCCUCCUGGUGUAUGAACAGGACCACACGUGGGCCCUGGGUGGCCUUGGCCUGUCCGGAGGAGAAAUGAGCAAAGCCCAAAUCUCUGAGCGCCCCCUCCAUUCCCCUGUGUUCUUCUGUCUUCCAUAGUAUUUAUUUUAUUAGUAUUUAAUUUGUAUUGUUUCAUUGGUUUCUGAUAAGUCUGUAUCACUGUGACGAUUUGAGACAACUUGUUGAAUUGAGGGACUUUCUUCACCUCCUUUCUUCGUCUUUCUUGAUCAGCUCUGGAGCUGCCCCUUCCCUCUGACAAAGUGAUGCCCAGGUUUGUUUUCACCCCACUGGGGAGGGGGCAGGAGAGGUGGGGGGGCUUCCCCCCCCCAGGACCCAUGACUAAUGAAGGUGGCUGGUGCUGGCCUGGGGCUGGGGGGUGAGGGUAAUCCUGAGGCUUUGGUGCUUCCCUCCCCCCCCCAUUUUUUUUCUUGUUUCACCACUUGCCCUUUGCAGCAGCCCUACUAUAUUGAGAUGAGUGUUUCUGGGGAGGGGUGGGUUGUGAGGGGGAGGGGUUCAUGGGUUACUGUAUUUGGGGAGAGUCAAGAAUGGGCCCAAAGGCUGAGGUCUCCCCCUCCUCACACUUCCUUCACUGCUCCCCUCAGAGGGCACAAUAUGGGUUUGUUCCCACAUCUCCCCCCACCCGCCGCCUCCUCCAGCCACCCUGCCCCUUUCUGCCUUCACCCUUUCUGGAUGCUGAGCCUCUCAGCCCCCAGCCCUUGACCCUCACCUCUCCCCCUUGCCAGACUCCGCAACCCCUUCCUCUCUGCUCCCUGCUUCUCCUGCCCCCAUCCUCCUGUGGAAUCUGCAGAGGGCUCAGGGAUGGAUUGCCAGAUGUGAGAUCCAGGCCUCAGCUGUUUCCUGGGCGAGGGCAGGAGGCAGGGCUCCAGCUGGGUUCCACUUCCACCGAGGGACCCAGGGCUGAUUGUGUGGCCCUGGUGGGCCUCCCUUUUGGCCUCCAGUGCUGGAUUUGUUCUGGGAGAGAGAGGGCGAGAGGGAGGAGCUUGGGCCCUUUCCCUGUCCCUGCCCCCUCUGUGGCAUUGUCUUUCCUACUCUUGUUCUUAUUUUUCUACCAAUUGCUAUUUUUUCCAAACAAUCCUUGUAGAGAGUAUGUACCAUCCAAAGGCAGGAGGGCCUCACUGUGGCCGGCUCUGGUUGGAGAUGGUACAGUUUUAUUGUACAGGUGCUAAAACAACAACAACAAAAGAAGAAAAUGGAAAAAAAAGACAAAAAAAAGGCAAAAAAAAAAAAAAGCCAGUUUGAGGAUGGGACAAUCUGUUCUCUGGAGACUCCUGACCCAUGCAGGAGCAUUGGUGGUUAUUUUCUUUGUAUUGUGUUUGUUCUUUGUUCCCAGGGGGAUGUUCUCGGCCCCCUUCUGUAGGACUGCUCCCCACCCCCACCAUACUGCCCAGUUGGUUUUGAACAGUUGUUCUCCCUUUUUAAAAAAAUAUAUAUAUAUAUAAAGUUGAGGGGUUUUGGGUUUUAAUUUUUUGGUUUUGUGGGGGUUCAUGGUAUCGUGUGGUUUAUUUUAUGUUUGCCUUUACCUUUUUGCAUUUGGGUGUGUAUUCUGGCUGCCCUUUAUGUUUCAUUUUAAGCAACUGGCUGUGGAGUCAAAAACACUUGCA